AUGUUCAGCAGUUGCGACCACGUUGUCGCACUGAGCAUCUUGGCCGAAGACGUGGCUGCGGCGGCAUGGGCAGACUGCAAAUCUCUGCGGAUUUUGGACAUAGGGAACGGCGUGCUUUCUGUGGGGAAGCAAGCCUUCAAGAAUUGUUCGCGGCUAGAGGCUGUAUCUCUCGGUGGACAAGUCCUCACCAUCGGAGCUGAAGCAUUCCGAGACUGUUCAUCAUUGACAUCUGUUGUCCUUGGGAGCAAGUUAGACUACCUAGGAAUGGAUGUGUUCAGCGGCUGCCAUGCAUUGACGGCCGCGACCGUCCCGUCGCCGCUCCCCAGAAGAAUUGUCGAUGUCUUUGAUUGCUCUAUCCUGACCUCUGUAACCUUCCUUCGGUCAGCGACCACUAUCGCCGAGGCAGUUCUGAAGGAUUGCACUUCUGUAGUGUCUGUACAUAUGUUUGACAACAUCACUUCUGUCGGAGAAUAUGCUUUUGCGCACUGUUCCAGCUUGUCUUCAGUCACGAUGUCAAGCCAAAUUCGAUCCAUAGGAGCAUGGGCGUUUUGGGAUUGUGCAAACAUCAUAAGUCUGCCUCUCAGCGAUACGGUUGAGUCCAUAGGAAGAGGCGCCUUUCAGGGGUGCACUUCUUUGGCUUACAUGGAGCUACCUCCCAAUCUUACCGAUAUCGCUGAUUUCACCUUCUCCGGCUGCAGUGCGCUAGAACAUUUGACGGCGCGUGGCGUUCAUAGAGAAUUGGUCGAAGGGGGGCUCUCUCGAAUCAACUACAUUGGUAAAUAUGCGUUCCACGUCUGCGCACGUCUCGAAAUGGUAGACAUAGGUGUGUCAGUAACUUCUGUUGGGGAGUACGCGUUCGCUGGCUGUUCAUCGUUGGCAUCAACGCCAAGUUUGAAAGGGCUCACAAAAUUGGAGGACUACGUUUUUGCGAAUUGCUCUGGGUUGCGGCACGUUUUGAUUCCUGAGGGUGUUAUUGCCAUCCAGCAGGGUGCAUUUUACAAUUGUUCGUCUCUGCAAAGCCUUGAAUGGGGUAUCGAAUUGAAUCGGAUUGGUGAUGACACAAUCACGAUUGGCAAGUCUGCAUUCAGGUAUUGCAAGUCGUUGAGAAACUUGACCAUCCCAGCUUCAGUGGCAUGGAUAGAGGAAGAUGCCUUUCAGAACACUGAGCUUGAUGGGGCUACUAUCUUCCCGCGGGACGAUCGCAUUGUUGAUCAAUCAGCGUUCCCUCCUGGUGUCGUAACGGAAUGCGGCAACGGAUUCGAGUUGAUUGUCAAAGGGUGUGCGUGCCCAGAGGGCAAGAUGUUUGUUGCAAAUUCUCGCGCAUGCAGCCCAUGCGGAUUAUAUUUCGAUUGCCCUGGUGGGCAUUUGGAGGCAGAUCCCAGCAUCUAUGAUGCGACAGUCAGUGUCAAGGAGGGUUAUAUGACAAUUGAAAAUGAUCCCUUUUCAGUCUAUCGGUGCGUCAAAGCGUUGCGUUGCGCAGGGAAUCGCCAAGUCUUAACCAAUAUGUGCACUGAAGGUUUCGACCCAGCAUCAGUACGGUGUGCAACAUGCUUGCCCGACAUGUACCUAAGUGAUGGGACAUGUAAGUCGUGCACUGGCGUAGAUGGGGGGUUUAUGAUGGCCAAAUUGGUCGCGGUUGGAGUAGUCCAGCUUCUAUUCAGAUCCAUCGCCUUCUACAUCAAUGUCAACAGCCCAAAAAGUGCGAGUCAGGGGACCAUUGAAUCGCUUGUCGAUUUUGUCCAGAUUGUUCAGACCCUGAGCCGAUUGGACAUCGUUGCUCCGGACGCCCUUCAAAGUUUCUUUGACCUGUUAAAUCUGUUUACGAUCCCAGGGAUAUUCAAAACCCUUGACUUCAAGCCCGAGUGCACUUUCGGCACCUUUGGCGGCACUAUCACGUACAGCAUACUGAAAGACACGUUGACGCCGCUCGUACUAUUCUUCAACCUUGCGAUGAUGCAAGUUUUGUUCAUUCUGUGCGGGAGGACUCUGAGGCGCGAUUUUGUACACAAUUUGGUAUGCCUCGUCUUCGCCAACUUGUUCAUUUCUUUGGUGACGCUCUCGUUCUCGCUUUUCUACACGGAGCGAAUGCCGAAUGGCAAGAACAUGGUCAUCGCUUUCCCGCAGUUGGAGUACGGCACCUCUUCGUGGAAGGUGUAUUUGCCUAUCAAUUUGUUUGCAUCGGUUUCGUAUGGGCUCACCAUGUAUAGCUAUGUGGCGUAUACUGUUUUCACUGCCCCCAGGAGAGUUGGCACCGAACCCGGAUUCCUUGCUCGGUACAGGUUCUGUUUCGGCACAAAGCGUCCAGACCGUUGGUGGUGGAUCAUGGUUAAGAUGUCUUUUGGAUUAUCGCUCUGCCUCGUGCAGGUGGUCCUCCCAGCCAAAAAUGUGCACGCUCAUGUUUACACGAGCGCGUUGUUCAUGUUCUUGGUGACUGUAAUCAUGUACGGUGCUUGGCCUUGGAAGUUUGACUCCAAUAAUUGGGUAGAGCUGAUGUGCAAAAUUGGUUUGAUCAUCCUCUUGAUGCUCACCACUUCUUUCAUUGACGUGAACAGCGUCCCGCAGAUAGAGCUCGAGCAGAUGAGGAACAUUUGGGCUUUCCUAAUAAUUUGCACGUUGGUGAUUAUUUUUAUUGUUGCCCUCGCUCUGUUUACGAAAGACCUCAUAUUCUCAAUGCACCGUGUCCGCAUAAAGCAGGUCAGAACAGCACAAGCCAUGUGGCAUCUUCGCGACAUGUCACUGGCUUUGCUGAUGAUGCCGGAGAAGGAGUACGCCAGGAGGUUGGCCGCCAUUGGCGACAGCGAUCGCGCCCUGCUCUUGGAGGUGACCAAGAACAUCAAAAAUGUCAUAUUCGGUCAGCAAGAGAGUUCGCACUGGACACAACAGCGGCUAAUCGCCGGGAAGGAGCAUGAGGUUUGGGAUCACGGCAAGAGAGUGAUCGGUUUUCUCCAGGAGUCAAAGUCGGGCCGCUUGCAGGAGAGGUUGGAACAGAGCAUGCAAUUUCGCAUGCAUUCGCUGAAGUUGGCAAGGGCGAUAUCGCAGUCACGCCCGACGAUUUCAUCAUCAUCAUCAUCGCGUCUCAAAGCAGUGCCCAUGUUGCGCUAUGGCAGCAUUUCCAGUCGCCAUUCGGACAUCCGUAGCGUUAUGAAGAGCGUGAGAAGCCUCCCUUCAGAAGAAGUGGGCACUAACUGGACAAAUGGCAUUGCUGACUGGAUGAAGAGGAUGAUUUUUUCGGACGCUGAGUUGACGAAAGAUGCUUUCAGGAGGAAGAUUUUUACUAGCUUCCCACAUUUGAAUAUCCCAGAAGAUGGGCUCGACAUGCUUUUCAGCGUUCUGGAUAACAACGGAUCGGGUACCGUCACCCACCAGAAACUCACCGAUUUGCUUGCAGCUCUAGCACCAAGGAAGGUUUUGCUGGCAAUGGAUCCUGACGAUGAAGAAGACGAUGCGGUUGACUCUGAUGACACCUCGCCGAUACAGACACCCCAGUCGGGGGGGGAGGGGGAGAAUGAAAAUGAAGAUGUGCCUGCAAAUGCGGAAACCCGCUUGGCGCCGCCGGGAAGGAGUCUGAGCUGGUCAGGUUCUUGCGCAAUCAGGUCAAUAAGCACGACGAGCGAGACCAAUCAGAUUGGUAUUGAGAUUUGA